CCUUGCGCGCCGCGCUCAGGUUAAGCGCAUGCGCAGAAGGCGUGGCCGCAAAGGCGGGAAAAGAUGGAACAACUCGAACACCCCGCAUGCCCGCAGGGAGACCUGCCCUUCGAGGUGAGUGACCAGGCGCCCCCAGCCUUGGUGGAGGGUGAGAAGCAGCCGAUCUCUGAGGACAGCCGAGCCCCCGAGGAGCCCAGCAGGGCCCUGGCCAGAAGUCAGAUUUCUAGCCCUUGUAUCUUCACCUCCAGUGCCAGCCACCAGCUGCCAGUGCUGGAGGGGAAGACAGGACUCUACUUUUCUUCUCUGGACUUGAGCAUCAGCGUUUUGAAUAAGAGAGCCCAGGACCUGAUUGAAAACAUCAAUGAGAACAGACAGAAGGACCAUGUACUCAUGACCAACUUCAGGGAUAGCCUCAAGAUCAAGGUCUCAGACAUGACAGAGAAGUUAGAGGACAGGAUGUACCAGGCCUACAGCCAACAUAGCAAGGUCAUUCAGGAAAGGAUGCAGGAGUUCACCAUGAAAAUGGCCAAGAUUGGCCACCUGGAGAAGGAGCUCAAACAAGCAUGCCACACGGUGGAGACUGUGUACAGGGACCUGUGCCUGCAGCCUGAGGCCACCACUUUAGAAGAGCAGAUCUACAAAGAUGCUGAAUGCUGACCGAUGACCGAGAGAUUCACCUCCUAGUGACAGCCACGCACAGAAGGCGCAGAGCCCACCUUCAGGGCACACUGAGAUUGUUUUCUAUAGUUCUAUAGUUCUAUAAUGCAACUGGGCAAAAGCAAAACAAAACCAAAACCCCCCAAAACCAAAGUUCCUGAUGCUAAACCCCAAGAUGCAGCAGGUGUAGGCCCCACCGUGGGCCCAGCCUUAGCCUGCAAGUUGAUUAAACAUUUGAUUUUCUA